UCAUUUCCGAUGUAAAGCGAGUAUCACGUAUUAAGGGUAUGGUGAAUUCAGCAGUAUUGCGUUUUUGAACAUAUUUAAAAACUGCUAAAAAAGCUGUGGUGCAUCCGGUUUUUAUCAACGAUCGUUUUUUAAAUUUCCCAGCCAUAUAGCCUGCGUAAUUUGAUUCAAUACGUUGGUACCAAAUAUUAGGCCAUUAAAUCUGGUUUAGAAUUUAGAAUACAGAUUAAGAUACACCUAUAAGAUAUGCUAACAAUAUAAUUACGUCAUUUCCAACAGUGAUUAUCUGAUAUGAUGCGACUUGUCACCUUAGCUAUGCUUGUUAUCAUAUGGAAGAGUGAUGGAGAGCGGGGGAUAUAUCAUUCCAAAUUUGCUAGGAGUCUAGAUUGCGGAUAUACACAAUGGAGUUCGUGGUCAUCUUGUAGUAUAUCUUGUGGAGAAGGCGUGAGAACAAGAACAAGGAAAUGUCUAACACAAAACAAGAUAUUUUGUGAUUCUACACACGAAUCAAAGCAUUGCUUUGUUUCAUUUUGUCCAAGUUACUUAACCUGGCCCAGAAUCCACUUUAGCGGGAAGUUGGUAGCGGAUGUUGCCACGGCCAACAACGUCCGUUGUGCUUAUGAGAAUGAAGAAUUUUCACCGGCUGAAUUGAAAAAUUCGUAUAUAGCAUUAAGAAGAGAGACUGGAACACAUACACAGUAUAAGUUUAGAACAAACUGCUGGAAUGCCGACGGAACCAAUCAAAUUUAUUUCCAAGAUACGUUUGUGACGUCACUUUGUACAUCACCCCAAAACUGUUCAACAAAUGAUCCAAUAGUUGGAUCACAGGUCAUAGAGACAAAUCGAGCAGUAAUGAUCGAUUUAAAUGUAGACUUUCAAUAUUCGCCUGGAAUUUUUGGAUUAAAAGUAUCGAUACCAGGAAUAUUACAGGGGGCUUACUUGUAUUCAUCUCCACCCGCUCCCACAGGAAGACUUGCAAAAGUCACAGACAAAACUGUAGGAUUUGCAAUUGCUGCAAUGUCACGAUACAAAAGCAAGCUCGUGAAUGUGACAUGGCAUGAUCAUCAUUAUGAGAGAUUAUUUAAAAAUGCUUCAGAGUUAUCCAUGACUUUCGUAUACGAUUUAUACAACCAAAUAUCUCUCGAAGGCAGAAUAUCGGGAACUAUAGGUCUAUCGUCACAUGAUGAUCCAUUACAAACCACAGCAACGCGUACAAUUUAUCCUUCAAGAAGUAUCGGUGGUUUCGCUCCUUUCUAUGUGCACUCUACCAUGUACACGUUAACGAUAGAUUUGUCAUUAUCAAUUAUCGGUAGACAGGAUGAAAGUUUUUCAGCGAGUGAUACGGGAAAAUUGGAUUUGGCGAUUUUAAUGACUAGAAAAACAUUUUGCAGAUAUUUUUUAUUUGACGACUUGACGAUGUGCAUUAAAAGUGGACACGAUAGUAAGCUUGCAUGGAGAUGGAUAACAACUGAUGGAGAAAUAUCUCGACGUAUAGGGAAUGAUGGUUCUUGGUACAAUACAUAUGGAGGAAUCAUGGACAUAAGUAUCAAACACCUUGAUGCAACAACUCGACGACUCCUUCAAAAUCAUAGACUGGUUGUACUGCAAACACUACCAGACGGGAGAGUGUCAACGUACAUGAAAGAAAAUCCAAAAGGAAUUGUCAUUGGUUUAAAAAGUAACUCGAUCGUUAGACUCAAUCCAGGAGAAAAUCAUGUACUCAAAGGAUUUGUAUCAUCAUUCGGGAAGCCUGUCAAAAAUGCUCAGUUUAAUAUUUUCAAAGUCAAGAAUUUUCUAUCAAAUGCGGAUUGCGGAAGACCUUCGUGUAACAGGUCAUUAGGCAUCCCUGAUGAUGCAUUGCAAAUAAAACCAGGAGAUCUUAAUAAUUCACUCACAGACAAAAAUGGUGAAAUAAAAAUGACAUUGACAGCUCUUAAAGAUCCAGGUAACAUUCGUGGAUGUGGCUUGGACGGACAAAUAUAUCCAUUGGAACUGUUUGUCAGGUAUAAAUCAAAAAGGGGAAUAAUUACUUUUGCUGACGCAGGCGUUGGUGCAAGAUACCCCAGCGACGAGCAUAAAGCAGACUUUAAUACAAUGACCUUCUCACCAGCAGUCCAUAUUUAUAACUCUGUAAAGGAGAAGACAUGCCCGAGUUGGAACGACAUUAAAGAUAUAUUUAUCCAGUAUUAUAAUUUAUAUCCUGCAAUGUGGAAGAAUGGAAUCAUCGAUUUGCAUUCAUACGACAGUGUUGUGAAAAAAUCAAGAAUGUUGAAAGUUGCCUUAUUUGAAACUGACUUUUACGACGCGAGGUACAUGCCAACAACACGGGAUCUUUCUUCGGGAAAAAGAAAAUUAAUUUGGAAUUGGAUGAAAUGUGGAAUGAAAAGAACGACAACGUUUUCAAAAGAAAAAGAAAAAGUGUGUACCGAAAAGUCCAUACAAAAAAAUUUAAAAGACGUCAGAAGACUUUUGCACAAGGCUGUCAUGUUGGAACUUUCAACGAUACCACCCUAUUUCACAGCAUGGUUGAGUUUAAAAACAGAAUAUGGAAGAAACAAAGAAGUUGCUGAUAUAUUAAAAUCUGUUUUUAACGAAGAAAUGCUUCAUAUGUCAUUGGCUGGAAACAUUUUAAAUGCGGUAGGAGGAAUUGUGAACAUGACUGACAUUUCGAAACUUCCAGACUAUCCAAAUAAUCUGGCAUCUGGUGACAGCUAUGAACUCAACCCAAACGUGUUAGUUUCACUAGAGCCAUUCUCCAUUGGCUUAGUUCGAGACAUAUUCACGGAAAUUGAGAAACCACAAGACAAUGAAGGCAAAAAGAUGAUGCAUUUGCUGGCUAAAAUUUGGAAAUUGUUGCCAAGUACCCAUGAUAACAAAGACACGUCACAUAUGACCUCGAUGAAUAUGAAAAUACUGUUAAAAGAAAUUUCCAGAAUCGAAAAGAAUGAGCCAAAUUUGAAUACAUCCACAUACGGUUCAACAUUAAAUCUAUCCAAUGCAAAUGAAGCAGAGUUAGGAGCAUGGAAAAGUUUAGGUGAUUUUGCUGCACAAAAAUUAACAGAAGUCACAGAAUCAAACGGAAAAACAAUCGGAAAGUUUUACACCAUUAUCGCUUUGAAGAUGGCAUCUCUUGAAGCUUGUAUUCAUAUUAAAAGGUUGAAACGGAAAGGAAAUAGUGAUACCAUGAAUACAUUAUUCACCGGUGCUUACAAUAAACAACUGAAUAUGUCUCAUUGGUAUCAACAAGGCGACCAUUCAAUAACUGGAAAUGACGAGGUAAAUCGUGGAGUACUCCACAGACUACAAGUAAUAGAUUCAAACGCUAUAAAUAGAGCGGAAAAUGAUGUAGUAGUCAAAGAUUCAAAAUUGACUGCAACUCGCCCUACUUUAUUUGAAGUUAGUAAUUUGAGAACAGCGUUGGAAGCUAUUGUAGAAAUUGUUUAUCAAGGAGAGGGAGGGUCGGAUUGUUCUCCUUUUGUCACAGAACCGAGGCUAUAUGGAAGAAAACGCGGAAAAGAUCAUGGGUCGGAAUUGUCUCAUUAUUACCGUUUUCAAGAAAUAGUAAAUGGAAGAAAACUCGUGAAAUUGAGUAAUCCACCUUUAUGGAACGAUUUGCAUUGCCUGAACUUUUCCAAAGAGCAUUCUUCAUGUCCUAAUCUGUUAAAAACGGGCGAAAUGUAUUGUUAUGCAGGUGAAAAAAUUGCAUUCUUUGAUGAUGGUGUUUGGCCAAUACUAAAAAAUCCAAGCGAUGGUCAGUAUAGAAAAGGCACAAAGGCGUAUAACUUCCAUCAUCAAUUUAAUCUCUUGUAUACUAGACUUCUGUUUUGUAUUGAAGAAACCUUUUCCGGAAAUCCUUCGAAUAUAAAGAAUUGCAUGAGCUUAAUGUAUGACUUGACGAUAACUGGUAAGCGAUUAGUAAGAACUCCUUUGCGUGUUCCAGGCAAUUCGACAACAAUUGAGCUUGGUACGACGAGGGACAACGGUUGUCCAACAUGGUCGUUCGUUAGAGAAAAAUCGUUUAGAGCCGGACUACCACUACGCUUAUAAUGCAGUUUGAACGGUCAGAAAACUCGCUACCGUUGGCUAAAUAAUCUUACUAUCUAUACUAAUACUCGUGCCUAAAACAUGUAGAUUUUGUAUUAAAUAAAUUUUCAAAUACUUGCCAAGGCUUAUUAUUAAAUGAUCACUUUCAAAUAAAUAAAGACCGAGUUGAUUCAUCAAACAAUUACAAUCAUUUUUCAUUUCAGUGUUUGUGUUUAUAUUAUAGAUUAAAAAUUGUGAAGAACAAAAUAAUGCUAAAUACUAAUUUAUACUAAAAUUAUUUCAGUAACACUGUAUCGAACGAGAGAAUUCUAAUCAGAAUAUGUGAACACGACUUUUAUGGAAUAAAAAUUCGGUUGUUUACGAAGACAUUUUUCUGGGCCUGUUGUUUUAAUUGGCAUGUUUCUAAAUUCUUCCCAUUUUGGAAGGGUCACUAAUCAUAGAUUUCAUUUUAUUGUAAUACCACUAUUUAAUUUUUAUUUCUAAUUUAUUAAUUAUACGAUGGUUCGAUAAGCGUUUGUUUAUAUAUUGUAAUGAGACGUGAACUAUUCCAGGAAGAUGCUCAAAAAUUUGCGUAGUUUGAUCAUUUUGGGGGCAUAUUUGUUCCAGACUUUAAAUUCAUUUUAAUUUAUUUUAAAAUUUAACAAUUAUUUUUUCAAUAUAUUUCCGAUGGUAUCAAUUUGUGGGAAUAAAUAGUCAUGUACAAGA